GAAGAACCUGAGGUGAGACAGGCGUGGAGACCAUGCGCUCCAUUUUGCCGCUUUCGCGGUGGUCGUCGCCUGCCCGGGCUGGGGACUUCGUGCGUUCCGCCCCCUCCCCCGCCGGAAUCUCGGAAUCUUGAGGGGUUUCCGGCCUCGUUGAAAUGAACUGGGACCUCAGUGUUGAAGAAUUGGUUAUUUUUCUACUGCUCCCCUUUCAGUAUGAAGGAGGAUCAAGUUGUGCAGGAAGAAUCAGGAUUCCAAGAUGAAGAGGAAUCUCUGUUUCAAGACAUUGACCUAUUACAGAAACAUGGAAUUAACAUGGCCGACAUUAAGAAACUGAAGUCAGUAGGAAUCUGUACCAUCAAAGGGAUACAGAUGACAACAAGAAGAGCCCUAUGCAAUGUCAAAGGGCUCUCAGAAGCCAAAGUGGACAAGAUUAAAGAGGCAGCCAACAAACUUAUUGAACCAGGAUUCUUGACUGCUUUUGAAUACAGUGAAAAGAGGAAGAUGGUUUUUCAUAUCACCACUGGGAGCCAGGAAUUUGAUAAGUUGCUAGGAGGUGGAAUUGAAAGCAUGGCAAUCACAGAAGCUUUUGGAGAAUUUCGUACGGGGAAAACUCAGCUCUCCCAUACCCUCUGUGUAACAGCUCAACUUCCAGGAGCAGGUGGCUACUCAGGAGGAAAGAUUAUCUUCAUUGAUACAGAAAAUACGUUCCGUCCAGAUCGCCUUCGGGACAUUGCUGAUCGUUUCAAUGUGGACCAUGAUGCAGUACUGGACAAUGUACUUUAUGCACGUGCAUAUACUAGUGAACAUCAGAUGGAGCUACUUGAUUAUGUAGCAGCAAAGUUCCAUGAAGAAGCUGGUAUCUUCAAGCUGCUGGUACAGAUCAUUGAUUCAAUAAUGGCGCUUUUCCGAGUGGAUUUCAGUGGUCGUGGGGAGUUGGCUGAACGGCAACAAAAACUGGCCCAGAUGUUGUCAAGACUCCAAAAAAUCUCAGAAGAAUAUAAUGUGGCUGUUUUUGUGACCAAUCAAAUGACUGCUGAUCCAGGAGCAACUAUGACCUUUCAGGCAGACCCCAAAAAACCCAUUGGGGGACACAUUCUGGCUCAUGCUUCAACAACAAGAAUAAGCUUGCGAAAGGGAAGAGGAGAACUGAGAAUUGCCAAGAUUUAUGACAGUCCUGAGAUGCCUGAAAAUGAAGCCACCUUCGCAAUAACUGCUGGAGGAAUCGGGGAUGCCAAGGAGUAGGUGGCGAAUUGAUGCAAAUUGCUUCUCAGUGCUUAUUAGGAGCUGAAGAAAUGGAAAAGCAGUCUUGACUUUCAGAUCUUGGAAUAAGAGGAGUUGUUUUUCAUAUUAUUAAAGGAAAGUCAGCAAAGAAGAGUUAAACUUUACACUUAUAAUAAUAAAGAUCCCUGAUAUAAAACUACAUAUUGCACGUUGGUUCAGGAAUCUACACACAUGCUCCUGAACUGUUUCUGAUGAGUGUGCAUAUAUAUAUAUAUAUGUGUGUGUGUAUAUAUAUAUAUGUAUAUAUAUACAUAUAUAUACAUAUAUAUAUACACCUGUUGGGAGCUGGUUAGGGAAGGGGUCCCUGAUUCCCUCACUUCCUCAACAAACAAACAGUCUAGGAGCUCAGAAAUGUACUAUCCUACAGGCUUCCCCCCAGCAUCUGUGUAGGGCACAGAACCACUCACUACUGAGCUUGACGCUCUUCCCAGCAGAGAAAUGUUUAAGGUGGGAAUGUUUCUAGGACACCAAAAAAGCUCUUUGCAUUCAGACUAUCCCUUAUUCACCUUCAUAGCAACUGAAAUGAAACACUAUGCCAAAGUUUAAUCAUUUGACUUUUUGACAAGUUGAAAUUACUUUUUAAAAAUGUAUUUGUGAUACAUAGAUAUCCUCUUGGAAAGAUAAAGAGGAGAGUAACUAGAAAAUGUACAAUUUUGGGUUGAGGACAUAGCUCAGUGGUAGAGCACUUGCCUGGCAUGCCUAAAGCCCAGGCUCAAUCCCCAGCACUACAGAAAGAGAAAGAGAGACAGGGAGAAAGAAAGAAAAGAAAAUUUAUAAUUUUUUGGUUUUGGUUUUGGGUUUUGGUACUGGGGAUCAAACUCAGGACCUU